GGCUCAAAGAUGGGGGUAUCAGUUCUUUCAGGGGGGUUGUACAGUUUGAGCCAAGAUGGCCGAACUCGUGAAGCAGAUGCACAUUUGAUGGUCUGCAGAAACUGCGCAAGCGUGAGCCGUCAGGCCUGUCAAUCCCUCCAAGUUAGCCGAGCGAGAGAUAGAAAGUCGGCAGGAUAGAACAACAAGACGAAGGGAGUGAGUGGGAGUCUUUCCAAAUGGAGCAGCAGACGGGAAGAUAGAGAAGAGCGAAAUCUCGGCCGUACUCAUCAGCUACCAGAUUCUUGUUCCCAGUUUCCUGUGGCUAUGGGUGAUGCUGAUGUUGAUCAAGCACCUGCUGCUUCAGAGGCAGACCUCCAUGAAAGCUCGGCAGACAGUGAUAAAGGUCUUCACACGGAGGGAAAUUGCCUAGGUGUUAUAUCAGAGGGAACAUGUGAGUUAGUAAUUGAUCCUGAUGUAGCCCUAAAGGCUUGUCAGGAGGUAUUGGAAAAGGUAAAGAUGAUGCAUACUGGUGUUUCUACAGAGGAAGAUGAUGUCCAUUGUUCUGAUCAUUUGGAGCAUAUGGACAUUCAUGAUGAACUUGUUAAUGGGGAGACUUGCGAUACACACAAAACUGAAAAAUCCAACGUUUACACUGAUGGAAACAGUAUUAACAGUAAACUAAGGCACAGUAAGGCUUCUGCGCCUUCCAAAAUCCGUGAAGAGGAGGAACCUCUGCCAGGUAGCUGUAACACUGUGAAAAAUGUCCGUAGGAGACAGAAAAAUAAUUCAGCCAAGCAGUCCUGGUUGCUGCGUCUUUUUGAAUCUAAACUUUUUGACAUCUCUAUGGCCAUUUCUUAUUUAUACAACUCCAAGGAGCCUGGUGUUCAGGCUUAUAUUGGAAAUAGACUUUUCAGUUUCCGUAAUGAGGAAGUAGAUUUCUACCUGCCUCAGCUGUUAAACAUGUAUAUUCACAUGGAUGAGGAUGUUGGUGAUGCCAUUAAACCUUAUAUUGUCCACCGCUGUCGUCAGAGUAUCAACUUUUCCCUGCAGUGUGCCUGGCUGCUUGGAGCUUAUUCUUCUGAUAUGCACAUAUCCACUCAGAGACACUCUCGAGGAACAAAGUUACGGAAAGUUAUCCUCUCAGAUGAACUGAAGCCAGCACAGCGUAAGAAAGAUCUGCCUCCUAUUGCCCCAGCCCCAGAACUGGGCCUUUCCCCGUCUAAACGCACUCAUCAGCGCUCUAAAUCAGAUGCAACAGUCAGCAUCAGCUUGAGCAACAACCUGAAAAGAACAGCUAGUAACCCUAAAGUGGAAAACCAGGAUGAGGAAUUGUCUUCCAGCACAGAAAGUCUUGAUAAAGCGUUCUGUUCACAGCCAGUUCGCUUAGCCCCACAGAGGGAAUUUAUCAAGUCUCUGAUGGGCAUUGGGAAGCGACUAGCUACCCUGCCUACAAAGGAGCAGAAGACCCAGCGCCUCAUAUCAGAAUUAUCCUUACUAAACCACAAGCUCCCAGCAAGAGUUUGGCUUCCCACUGCUGGAUUUGACCACCAUGUGGUCAGAGUUCCACACACACAGGCUGUAGUUCUUAACUCCAAAGAUAAGGCUCCAUACCUUAUAUAUGUGGAGGUGCUGGAAUGUGAAAAUUUUGAAACUUCUAAUGUGCCUGUGAGAAUCCCAGAGACACGUAUUCGCAGUACUCGUUCAGUGGAAAAUCUUCCAGAAUGUGGGAUUACACAUGAGCAGCGGGCUAGCAGUUUUACCACUGUACCAAAUUAUGAUAAUGAUGAUGAAGCCUGGUCUGUAGAUGACAUCGGUGAACUGCAGGUUGAGCUGCCAGAGGUGCAUACCAAUAGUUGUGAUAAUAUCUCUCAGUUUUCUGUGGAUAGCAUAACCAGUCAAGAAAGUAAAGAACCUGUAUUCAUCGCUGCAGGGGACAUCCGCCGACGGCUGUCUGAGCAGCUAGCUCAUACUCCCACAACUUUCAGACGGGACCCUGAAGAUCCUUCGGCUGUUGCCCUAAAAGAACCUUGGCAAGAGAAAGUCCGACGAAUUAGGGAGGGCUCCCCAUACGGUCAUCUCCCUAACUGGCGCUUACUCUCUGUGAUUGUCAAAUGUGGGGAUGAUUUGCGGCAGGAGCUCCUUGCCUUUCAAGUUUUAAAACAGUUAUUGGCAAUCUGGGAACAAGAAAGAGUUCCACUUUGGAUCAAGCCUUACAAGAUCCUAGUCAUUUCAUCAGACAGUGGAAUGAUUGAGCCUGUAGUGAAUGCUGUAUCGAUCCACCAGGUCAAAAAACAGUCUCAGCUUUCUCUUUUGGACUACUUCCUUCAAGAACAUGGAAACUAUACCACGGAGGCUUUUCUUACUGCUCAAAGAAACUUUGUUCAAAGUUGUGCAGGUUAUUGCUUGGUGUGCUACCUUCUUCAGGUUAAAGACAGACAUAAUGGUAAUAUCCUGUUGGACGCUGAAGGACACAUUAUCCACAUUGAUUUUGGAUUCAUCCUCUCUAGUUCUCCUCGAAAUUUAGGAUUUGAGACCUCUGCUUUCAAAUUGACCAGUGAAUUUGUGGAUGUGAUGGGAGGAUUGGAUGGUGAUAUGUUCAAUUACUUCAAGAUGCUUAUGUUACAGGGUCUUAUUGCUGCCCGCAAACACAUGGAAAAGGUGGUACAGAUUGUGGAAAUCAUGCAACAAGGAUCCCAGCUACCCUGUUUCCAUGGCUCCAGCACUAUCCGUAACUUGAAGGAGCGAUUUCACAUGAACAUGACUGAGGAGCAGCUACAGAUGCUAGUGGACCAGAUGGUGGAUGGCAGCAUGCGUUCUAUCACCACCAAACUCUAUGAUGGCUUUCAGUACCUCACCAAUGGCAUCAUGUGAAGCACUUGACUCUAAAUUACUCUUCUUAUUCAGGAGUGUCCACUUCAGUUUGGCAUCAUUUACCUUCAGCUGAAUGUUGGGUCCUUUGUUGCCAUUAGAAAACUUUGAGAUCUGCUCAUCAACAUGUUUGCUGCUGUUUACAUCCUCACCUGGGCUUUCAUAAUGCUUUGCUUUCUAAAGUGAAAUGCGCCAGUUGAAGGAGUAUGGCGCAUCUCUGUAUAAUGGCAGCAGGUGUUACACCUGAACAGGAUUUAAAUGACUUUUUUGAAUUUUUAAAAAAUCCUUAUUCCAUCCAUGGGCACACUGCCUUAGGUUGUCUAGUGGUAAAGGCAGUAUUAUACCUUUCAUUCCCUAAUAGUGUAAAAGCUCACUGUUUAAAUGAUGCUGUUUUAGAACAACAGCUUAGGUAAUAGAAAAUAAACUUAGAUGUCCUCUUGCAAUGUAAAUGUUCAUUUACUUGCUGGAAGAAAAAAAAAAAACACUUGGUGUUGUCAUCUAAUUGGUCUACACAGUAUAUCGAAACUACCCGUCUGCUCAGAGGACUAUUUUUGUAUUUAAAACAAAAAACAGGAAGAGUGAAAGCACUAAGGCAGUUAACAGUUUUGCACUUGUCCAUUGAAAGGAAAUACAGUAUUUAGUAUACUAGAAAUAACUUUGCGUUUGUAUAUGGUAUACUAUGAAAAAGGUUGCUAGUUAAUUUUUAACUAUUUUCAGGGAUAACUCUCCAUCCCAUUUUAAGAUUGAAUCAGAAACAGAGAGGGCAUAUCCCUCAUUUAUGAAUAGCUGUUCUGGGCUAAAAGUUAUUGUUUGUUUAUGGUCGUCCCCAGAGUGAUCACCAACAUUUUUUUAGAGAAACUGCAAAAUGGUUAUAAAUUUUAUAUUAAAGGCGUGGACAGGGGCUGAGGAGGUAGAUACUCCAGCUUUAAAAGGUAGUAGUCCAUCUGAAUAGUCUGAGGAGUAACGGAUUUUUUUUUAUAUAUACUGAAAAACAAUGUCGAAAUGUGACUAAGAGGAGCCUUAUAGCCUCGGUUGUUACCUUCUUACUCUUUACCCUUUUUAAAUUAAGCGUCAAAGCUCAAUCAUGUGACUGAUGACCUCUAAUAACAUGUGAAUGUGUGUUUGUAUAAUAAAGUACUUAUUUGGUAUCAAACAAUGAACAAUAUGCAGCAAAGAAAUGGACCCGUUUGCUUCAGAUUUUUUUUUUCUAAAUUGCUGCAUUCUACUUGUAUUGUCAUUUGUACAGGGACUUAUCUGAAAGUUAGUGAAGGUCGGUCCACUUGUAUAUAAAUGUAUAGUAGUUGGCAGGAUUAAAGCUUUACUUUAGGGGAGAGUCGUAAGGACAAAAGGGGAGUAGUUUUUGAAACGUGACUUGACAAGUAAUGCCCCCUUAUUCUCGAGCCAUGGGCGAGGAUUUCUUACUCUAGCCCUGAAAGCACUUGCACUGGACUAACUGAUCUGUGGUAAAUUCCUGGUGCCGUAUUUUUUUAAACCCCCCUUUUAGCUAUCUCAAAAAAUUGUUCACAUCAUGUUACAUCCUUGUUAAGAUUGGAAUUGUACUCAUUUGUGGCAUCUCUGUUCCAGCACUAAAACUUUUCUCAUGGAUUUUAAGGUGGGUUUAGAGGUUUAAAUGGGAGGAUGAGGGCACAGUUGGGAUUGUGCAUUAUGUCUGAAUCAAUGCCUGGCUGUAUUAUCAUUCAUUUUGUAAAAGAGCUAAUAUUCACUUUCUAUAAGGAAAAACACUCCUCUAUGCGAAGUUUGCUGUUUAUUUUCUGUCUGUUGUCUCCAGCAACAGCCACAUGUUAAUCAGUACCAAAUGUUUAUUUCCUCUGCAGACUCCUUGGUGGUGAUGUUUUUUUAAGUUUAAGAUGUGCAGAAUUUUUACAAAAUAGGCAAGCUUUAUUUUUGAAGAGUGCAUCUUGUCUUAAAAUCUGUCCUAUAAGAGGCAUAUUCUGAACUUUUGCUAACAUAACUGUUUAUGAUUACACAGCAGAGAACUGUAUCACAUUCUUCCCAUAAAUGCCUCGACCACACACACAUCCACCAUGAUGAAUUUGAUGAUGCAGUUUUUGAGAGUGUUUUGCUGUUGUAAAGAUUCAGACAAAGCAUUGCCUGAAUGAGUGGGAAAUGGUUUAACUGUGUGGUUUUACACUUAAAAGAUUUUAUCUUCAUUACUGUUCACUCUGUUACAUUUGUGUAAAUUACAUUUUUACAAUAUAGUAAGUCUGGAAAUGUUUGAACAUUAUAUGUACAAUACAAAUGGUAAACCCCCCAUCUCUCUCCAAAAAAACAUCAAUCUGCCAGUACCUGAGCCCCAGGAGUCUGUUGGGAUACUCUUGUAUGACAUUUUGAAGUUAAAAUUUUUUUGCACCAGGUGAAAAAGUUUUGUGUUGACCAUAAUUUUUUUUCCCCUGGGCUAUCCUCAAUAAAUAAAUGUAUAUUAACUUUUC